UGUUGUUGUCAGCUGAGCGCAGUCACAUGACCGUGAGCCUCGGCUGUCCCUCUUCUGCUUAGCUGCUGAGUCUGGGUCACCCGUUGCCGCUGCGGAUUCCGGGGACUUCAUUGCCGGCCUACGAAGCGAAGGAGGUUUUGACAUUGAGAUAAAAAUGGAUAUCCGGGGUGCUGUAGAUGCUGCUGUCCCCACCAAUAUCAUUGCUGCCAAAGCUGCUGAGGUUCGGGCCAACAAAGUGAAUUGGCAGUCAUAUCUCCAAGGGCAGAUGAUUUCAGCAGAAGACUGUGAAUUUAUUCUAAGAUUUGAGCAGAAAAGGAGCCCAGAAGAGAAACAAGAAUUGAUUAAAAAUGAAGGCAACCAGUGCGCUAAAACGUUCAUAAACCUGAUGACUCACAUCUCCAAGGAACAAACGGUUCAGUACAUCUUAACAAUGGUGGAUGAUAUGCUGCAGGAAAAUCACCAACGUGUUAGUAUUUUCUUUGACUAUGCAAAACGCGGCAAGAACACUGCAUGGUCUUAUUUCCUUCCUAUGUUGAAUCGUCAAGAUCUUUUCACUGUGCACAUGGCAGCGAGAAUUAUUGCCAAGCUAGCAGCUUGGGGAAGAGAACUGAUGGAAGGCAGCGAUUUAAAUUAUUAUUUCAAUUGGAUUAAGACCCAGCUUAGUUCACAGAAACUACGCAGCAGUGGUAGUGCUAAUGAUCCUGGAACAGAUAGUUCGCAAUAUGUCCAGUGUGUUGCUGGGUGCUUGCAGUUGAUGCUCAGGGUCAAUGAAUACCGUUUUGCAUGGGUCGAAUCAGAUGGAGUUAGCUGUAUCAUGGGAGUAUUGAGUAACAAAUGCGGUUUCCAGCUUCAGUAUCAGAUGAUUUUCUCUAUCUGGCUGCUGGCAUUCAGUCCUCAAAUGUGUGAAUAUUUGCGGCGUUACAAUAUUGUCCCAGUCCUGUCUGACAUCCUUCAGGAAUCUGUGAAAGAGAAAGUCACACGGAUCAUUCUUGCAGCAUUUCGGAAUCUUCUAGAAAAGUCUACUGAAAGAGAAACUCGCCAAGAGUAUGCUCUUGCCAUGAUCCAGUGCAAAGUUCUGAAGCAGCUGGAGAACUUGGAACAACAGAAAUAUGACGAUGAAGACAUAAGUGAGGAUAUAAAGUUUCUGUUGGACAAACUUGGGGAGAGUGUGCAGGACCUCAGUUCGUUUGAUGAAUAUAGUUCUGAGCUUAAGUCAGGGAGACUAGAGUGGAGCCCUGUUCACAAAUCUGAGAAAUUUUGGCGAGAGAAUGCUGUAAGAUUAAAUGAAAAGAAUUAUGAACUGUUGAAAAUUUUGACAAAGCUUCUGGAGGUAUCAGAUGAUCCUCAGGUCUUGGCUGUAGCUGCUCAUGAUGUGGGAGAAUAUGUCCGGCACUAUCCUCGAGGAAAACGUGUGAUUGAGCAACUUGGUGGAAAACAGCUUGUCAUGAACCACAUGCACCACGAAGAUCAACAGGUUCGCUAUAAUGCCUUGCUUGCUGUGCAGAAGUUGAUGGUCCACAACUGGGAGUAUCUUGGAAAGCAGCUACAGUCAGAGCAGCCUCAAACUGCCACAGCACGAAGCUGAGUCUGUCCUUUGGCGGGAAAUAACUGGAGUAACAAUUGCUAUCUUGAAGUGCAAGUAAGAAAAUGAUGUGAUUGCAGUUUCUUCACUGCCUACCCUGCUAUUGUGUAGAUUUCUUCCCUGUUAUUCUUCCAGUAUUGUUGCCAGGGGUAAAAACUAAU